GGCGGCGGCGCAAGGGGAGAGCAGCACGAGUGAUGAUAAGCAAAAGAAAAUGAUACAUAGAGACAUUGAAAGGCAAAGGAGGCAAGAAAUGGCCAGCCUUUAUGCUUCUCUUCGCAGUCAACUCCCUUUAGAAUACAUAAAGGGAAAACGUUCGGCAUCUGAUCAUGUUUUGGAGGCAGCGAAGUACAUUGAGCACAAGCACAAGAGCAUCCGUGAGCAGGAAGAAAAGAGGGACAGAUUAAAGAGACUAAAAAGUGUUGUUUUUAAAGGAGAAGAUGAAUCCAUAGCUGUUUUACCAGCAAUGGUUACAGUCCAGCCAUGCUUAGCUAAUUACGGGGUUGAGAUAUUAAUCAACUCUGGGUCUCCCAAGCAAGGGUUUCGGGUUUCGAGGGCGCUUUCCCUACUGGCCAAACAAGGCCUUAAUGUCACUAGCUGUGUUUGCUCAAGAGUUGAGGACAGAAUGCUCCACACCAUUAGAGCUGAGGUUAGUACACAGACAAGAGUUGAUCUUCAAGAGCUCCAACAGAAUCUGAUCUAUGCUCUUAAUAACAAACAUCAUAACCCCACUAAUAAUUCGAACUGAUGAGUAUAUAUAUCUUGAUCCACUCAUUUAAAAUUAAUAAUUUAUUCAAUUUUUUUUUUGUUUUAUUCCAUUGAUAUAUGGAUGCAUUAUAUUGCAAAGUUUUAUUGUAUAAUAUGUUUUUCCGAUGUAAAAUGUUAUAGGGAGUAUAAGUUAUGUCAUGUAAAAAAUCGUUGUUCACUUCUUUCAGUGUAAUAAUGUUGUGUGGA